AUUAUUAAUGGUUCUAAAAAUCUAAAAUCGGUGGCCAAGUUCAUACUCCAUCCCGCUUUGUCUCUGAAACCCUAGAAUCGGAGAAAUCGAAAUUUGAAUCCAGGUUGUUCAGAUCGUCUUCCGACCGACCAUGGGAAAUACUGAGAAGCUCUUGAAUCAGAUCAUGGAACUUAAAUUCACUGCCAAAUCUCUCCAACGCCAAGCCAGGAAGUGCGAGAAGGAGGAGAAAUCUGAGAAGCUCAAAAUCAAGAAGGCCAUGGAGAAAGGCAACGUCGACGGCGCCAGAAUCUACGCUGAGAACGCCAUCCGGAAGCGCACUGAGCAGAUGAAUUAUCUCCGCCUCUCCUCUCGCCUUGACGCCGUCGUUGCUCGCCUCGACACCCAGGCAAAGAUGACCACCAUCAACAAGUCCAUGGGAAACAUCGUCAAAUCUCUCGAAUCUACCCUCGCCACUGGAAACCUUCAGAAGAUGUCCGAGACCAUGGACCAGUUCGAGAAGCAGUUUGUCAACAUGGAGGUCCAGGCCGAGUUCAUGGAAAGCGCCAUGGCCGGCUCGACCUCCCUCUCAACGCCGGAGGGAGAGGUCAACAGCCUGAUGCAGCAGGUCGCCGACGAUUAUGGCCUCGAGGUCUCCGUGGGUCUACCUCAGCCGGCCGCUCACGCUGUUCCGGCCAAGGAGACUGAGAAGGUCGACGAGGACGACCUCUCCAGGCGCCUCGCCGAGCUCAAGGCUAGAGGUUAAACAAUCAGACAACGAUGAGGUUGUUUAUGACUCUUAUUAUGAGAAUGUGAUGUGUAUGAUGCAUAAUACUUUUUAUAUUCUGUAAAUUUGACUGAAAUAUGUCUUGGGAUUAUUGUUAUUGCAGACUAUAUUUUUAUUUAUCUGGGCGUUUGAAACUUUUCA